AGAGGUCAAGGACGUUUAACAUAAGAGUUAUCUUCCCGGAGGUUGGGUUCGAAAUCCGGCAUUAUUGUCUCCCUUAUUGAAUCUAGAAAUAAGUGUUUAAUUUGUAAUGGCUGGAGGAACUUAUACUUGGGAGACAUGGAAGAGAAUGUUCAACAGUCGAGUAUUUGCCUUGCCAUUACUCCAUGGUGAUAACAUGUACAUCAUAGGCGGAUGUGAUCAGAUGGGCAAACCUAUAACAGCUUUUGAAAUGUAUGAAACGAAAAAAAGAAAAUGGCAUAAUCUGCCAGAGAUGCCGACAGCAAGAGCAUCACCAGCAGCUGCCAUACUUGGAGAUAAAAUUAUUGUUAUUGGAGGAGUUGGUGAGGGUCAAAACCCUGUAAAUGCUGUUGAAAUGUAUAACAUAAAGGCUAAAAAAUGGGAAAAGAUGGAACCACUGUCAGAAGCGUUACUUGGGUUGUCCAGUGUUGUAAGAGACAACAAAAUUAUAGUUUGUGGUGGCAUGGGAUCAGAUACAAACCCAAAAGACACCCUCUGUGCAUAUGAUGUAGAAACAAACACCUGGAAACAAAUGAAAGGAAUGCCCACAGCAAGAUAUGCUACAUAUUCAUUUCUUGUCAAUGAAAAGUUGUAUGUCUGUGGGGGUAGACAAGGAAAGUUACCUAGCACAGCUUUAGAAUGUUAUGAUUUUACUGAAGAUAAAUGGGAGAAGUUACCAGAUGUCCCCAGUAAGAGGGUGUUUGCUAUGUAUACUGCUUCAGAUAAACAUAUAUUCAGUAUGGGAGGAUUAAAACAACCAGCCACAGAGGGAUUCUCAGAUGCUUGUGAAGUUUUUGACACAGAGAAAAAAGAAUGGAAGGUUGGAGUUAAUAUGCCAACAAAGAGAGCAGAUUUUGCUAUUGGUGUUUUAGGAGGGAAAGUAGUAUGUGCAGGUGGAUUAGGUGGACCGGGCAAACCUCUUGAAACUGUAGAAGUUUAUGAUUGGGAGCAUGACAAUUGGACAAAAAUUAAAGAUAUGCCUACUACACAUUGUUCAUGUGCUUAUAUUUUAAAAGACGAUAAAUUAGCUGUUAUAGGAGGUCUAUCUACUACUGGACCUAGUUCUUGUACAGAGGCACUCAACUUUAGGCCAGAUAGAUAAUCAUGUUAUAUGAUAGGAUUUUCAAUUUUUGCAAUGAAUUUUUCACUUGAUCAAAUUUUUUACAUUUUAAAUCCACAUUGGAUAUACUGUGUUACGUUAUUACUGCCUAGAAAAUAUUUGUGGAGUUUCAUGAAAACUGCAGAAAAAGAAAUCAGUAUUAAGUUAUUUUCUGCUUGAUUGUUGUAUGAACUAUAGACUUCCAUUAUAAAUUCAAGAAAAUAUUGGGAUCAUUAUUGACUAUGAUGUUAAUUUCGUAGAUUUAGAACCUAAAUUUCAACAAUGCUUCAGACUUGAUUUGCCGGAGCAUUUCAUAUUGUAUCAUUAAUUACUUAAAAGGAGAGAGGAUAUGGUUUUUCUCAAAAAAUGAUUUAUUUAUACAUAACUACCCCAAAGUACUUCUAUAGCAUUUUAAGUGUCAAAUUUAUAUUUUGAAUAUGUAUUUAAAUGAAUUGCAAUGGAUCAAUAUGCAUAUUUCAGCCC